AAUAUGCCUGUCAAGGUGCAAGACGUCAUGAAGCUGCUGUGCUCCAUCUCUGAGAAGAGGAAGAUGAAGGCAGCUGUCAAGCACACGCUGAUGGGCGUCCUGGUCACAGGGGCAGCAACCUUUGUCGGUGGUUUAGCUUUUGGGCCACCAGGACUAGCUGCUGGGGGGGCCGUCGGGGGCCUGUUGGGAGCCUGGAUGGCAAGGGGGCAAUUUAAGCCCGUGCCUCAGAUCCUCAUGGAGCUGCCUCCUGCUGAGCAGCAGAAGCUCUUUAACGAGGUUGCGGCCAUCGUCAGGAACUUAGACUGGAUGGACGCCGUGAAGCUGACCACGCUGGUCAUGGGCAGCCAGGCCCUGCAGCAGCAGCUGGUGGCCAUGCUGGUGAACUUUAUCAUCAAUGGGUUGGGGGCCGAGAUUCGCUAUGAUGACUAG